UCCGGAAUAAGGAAGGACGAAUUGGUGAUCUUUGCUCUAACAUACUGCGUGUGUACCUUCAACCUGAAUGCAAAGCAGACGCAGACUCUUUACGUACUCUUACAUCAGUCCUGCUGGUGGUCCUUCACCAGUUGUUUUGCCUUUAGGGAAAUGUCGUCCGGUGUGGGAAGAUCGUGGUUCUGUGUUGCAGCCGCAGUGGUGACCGUGUUUCUGCUGGAUGCUGUUGUUUUUGCGCAAGCUAAGAGCUUUGAGGAUGUCCGCUGCAAGUGCAUCUGCCCACCGUACAGAAACAUUACAGGUCACAUCUAUAAUAGAAAUUUCUCCCAGAAAGACUGUAACUGCCUCCAUGUAGUGGAGCCCAUGCCUGUUCCUGGCCAUGAUGUGGAAGCCUACUGUCUGCUGUGUGAGUGCAAGUAUGAGGAACGAAGCAGCAACACCAUUAAGGUAACCAUCAUCAUUUACCUGUCUGUCGUGGGCGCGCUGCUCCUCUACAUGCUCUUCCUGUUACUGGUUGAUCCUCUUAUCCGCAAACAUGACCCCUACACCCAACCGCUGCACAAUGAGGAAGACUCUGAGGAGAUGCGUCCGCAGGCUGACAGCAGCAGCCAGGCCAGAGGAAACACAGUGCUGGAGCGGGUUGAGGGAGCGCAGCAGCGCUGGAAAAAGCAGGUCCAAGAACAGCGCAAAACGGUUUUUGACCGCCACAAGAUGUUAAGUUAAACUUUAAGGCUGACCUCAAACCAAGUUUAGAGUAGGUAACCUUCCUGGGCUGUCUGCUAUAACACCCGCUGCACUGUCACAAAACCUCUUUGUCAUUGCUGUGCACUUCAUCUGCUGAAUUCAUAUUUAAACAUAACACAAUCUAACACGCCAAUAUUUAAAUUUGGUUUAUUUACUGUAUGUAAAAACUUCAGCAGGCAAAGUUGCAGUUAAAAAAAAAAAAAAAAAAGCUGCCUGCUUUAAUCACUCCUGAUGAC